GUGGUACUAUGGUAUGCUCUAACUCUGUGGGACUAGAGUUGGAAUACUAGAAGGAGCAGAAGCAGGCGCAUUUCAGCAGUUGAGCGCUACACGGGCCUGCAAUCCAAUUCAAUUCUGCGUUGACGGACGCUUGGCCCAUGAUGGAGUCCUUCAUUUUGCGUCGCAGCACUCUUAGCUCGGGCUGCCAUUGCCUGGCUGGUGCAGGACAGGCAUCAAGGCAGGGGACGGCUUCGCUGCGGUCGGCCAGCAGCGGUGGCCUUGUCGGCUGGGUGGAGAGCAUCUGUGGGGACAGGCAGCGGCUGCAGAGGGGCCAGGAAUGUGGCCCCAAAGGAAGGCGUAGGCAAGUGCGUGCAGAAUUGCGGAAAGAGCAGAGUAAGCAGUACGAGCUCUUCAAGGAAUACGAGAGCAUCCCCGGGCGGGGUGGCCUGCUGGGAGAGAGGCAGAAGGAGAAUCCAGCGCUGCCAAAAGACCCCAACAGUGCAGAAGGCUGGGCGCAAGUGCCUGCGGGGUAUCUGCCUGAGUUUGCGGACUACGGCAUCUUUGUGCGCGGCGACGUGCGCGUGUGCAUCUGCCUGGUGGCGGGCGGCGUGGUGGAGAACCUGCUGUUCUUCCCGGUGCUGGAGCAGCUGCGCGCGCGCUACCCGGGCGUGCUGGUGGACAUCUUUGCCAACGAGCGCGCCAAGCAGGCGUACGAGCUCAACUGGAUCGUGCGCCGCACCAAUGUGGUGCCUUUUGAUGACCGGAUGCUCGUGGGGGGCGACUACGCCGACUUUGUGGGCAAGAUGAAGAGCAUCUACGCCGAAAUGAUCGUAUCGACACGGCCGGCGGGGCUGGGCCACGCGGUGACGCUAGGCUUCUCAGAUGCGCGCCUGCAGAUGGGCUACGUCCUGCCCAACGUGAAUGGGGCCGGUGCUGCCAGGCUGUUGACCAACCCCCUCACCGCACCAGUGGUGGACAUCACCACCCGGGGGGUCAACAUGUACUCGGAGAUGCUGGAGGCACUGGAGGGAGUCCCUGAGGAGAUCCCCCCGCUGCGCAUUGCCAUCUCAGACACGCUGCGCGAGGUUGCGACGUACAAGCAGGGCAAGGCGGGCGUGGCCAAAGGCGAAUACCUGCUGGUGCACGGCCUGCAGUCAGAGAGCACAGCCACCAUGGCGCCGCGGGGAGACACCGACUGCCUGCUCGACCUGCCAGCCUGGGCCGCCAUCCUGCAGAAUGUCAGCUCCCCCGUGUUGUUCUUGGUCCCCCGGGAGAAGGACGUGGCCCGCGCCAAGGAGGCCCUCCCCUCCAACGUGCGCGUCCUCUUUGUCUCAACUCCGGGACAGCUGGCGGUGCUGAUCGACGAGAGCGCGGGCGUGCUGACCACCAACACGGCGGCGCUGCAGCUGGCCGUCGCCGUCCAGAAGCCCAGUGUUGCGUUGUUUGCCACGAGCGACAAGGCAGAGGCGUUUGCUCCGGACCCGGAGUCUCGGAAGGUCCACGUGGUGGUGUCCACAACGGGCCGGCUGGCUGACGUGGACGCAAAGCAAGCAGCGGAGGCGGUGAAAAGCCUGGCCAGUCAGCCAGAGCUAGCACUCGCCUGAGCACAGCUUUUGGAUGUUAUACCAGAUCUCUAGAUCAUUAUCAGGUAACCAGCAAUAGUGUACGGUCUAUACUAGGAUUGCAGAAUGGUCGACCCCCUGGACUCUUGAUGGCUGGUUGAAGCUGGUGUGGAAGUCGAGCACCUGGAUUGAUUGGAAGGUUCGUACUGUUAUUGCUUGUUCAUGGUUCUCGUCCAGACUCACGGCUAAGGUUGGUCAACUCUCCAUACUGCUUUGAAGGAAGUUUUAUCGGGCCCCGGACCUGGCAGUGCUUGGCAUUCAUUGAAUUGAAGAACUAUGAUCUCUUGUCGAAAUUGCUGAAGCCAGAUUGUAUAGGCCAUACUUAAGGCUUCUUGCAUUGGUAUGACAAUUCCA